AUGGCUCAAUUUAACUCCCAAAUUACUAUGCUAUUUAUUGUUGUAGCCUUGGUUUGUGCAUUUGUUCCUGUAUAUUCAGUCGAAGACUCUGAAGCAAAAUCGUUAUGGGAUACUUGUCUUGUUAAAAUAUCUCCUAAGUGUGCCUUGGAUAUAGUGGCUGUUGUUUUCGGAAAUGCAACCAUCACUGAUUCUUGUUGCCACGAUCUUGUUCAAGAAGGAAAAGUGUGUCAUGAUAAUCUUAUUAAAUAUAUUGCUGACAGACCCGCCUUAAUUGCCCGUGAAACACAAUACUUGAAGAAGAGUGACGAUUUGUGGAGUCAUUGUGUCGCAAUCUCUAAAACUGCUUAA